CUUUGAUAGGGAAAGGGAACCAGAAUGGAAUGAUUUUGAAUAUCGAUUCAUUAGUAAAAAACCGUCUCCGACUUUUGAAUUGCCGAAACAAGAACUUUAUGUAAGAGUUGAAGCCCCCAAAGGAGAAUUGGGGAUUUUUCUAAUAGGAGAUCAGAAUGGUUUUCCUUGGAGAUGGAAAAUUCAUCCACCCGGUUUUAUCAAUUUGCAAAUUCUUCCUCAAUUAGUUAAAAGAAUGAAAUUGGCCGAUAUUAUGACAAUACUAGGGAGUAUAGAUAUCAUUAUGGGAGAAGUUGAUCGUUGAAAUGAUUAUUGAUACAACAGAAGUACAAGAUAUCAAUUCUUUUUUCAGAUUGGAAUCUUUAAAGGAGGUCUAUGGAAUUCUAUGGGUAUUUGCCCCUAUCUUUACUCUUGUAUUGGGAAUCACCAUAAGUGUACUAGCAAUUGUAUGGUUAGAAAGAGAAAUAUCCGCAGGUAUACAACAGCGGAUUGGACCUGAAUACGCGGGUCCUUUGGGAGUUCUUCAAGCUCUAGCAGAUGGAACAAAACUACUUUUCAAAGAGAGUCUUAUUCCAUCUAGGGGAGAUACUCGUUUAUUCAGUAUCGGACCAUCCAUAUCAGUUAUAUCCAUUAUAAUAAGCUAUUCGGUAAUUCCUUUUGGAUAUAAUUUUGUUUUAUCCGAUCUCAAUAUCGGUGUUUUUUUAUGGAUUUCUAUUUCGAGUAUUGCUCCGAUUGGACUUCUUAUGUCAGGAUAUGGAUCAAAUAACAAAUAUUCCUUUUUGGGUGGUCUACGAGCAGCUGCUCAAUCGAUUAGUUAUGAAAUACCAUUAACUCUAUGUGUGUUAUCAAUAUCUCUACGUGCGAUUCGUUGAUACAAAAACUUC